CUGUUUCAGCAAAUAUCAUUAUCAUGGGAAGAAGAAGCAUCUGACCGUCACAUUUGUCGCCUGUGCAAGAAGACAUUUUAUAAUGCAAACGCCUUGCAAAAUCAUAAGAACCUACAGCACGACGCUGACGGUUCUGGUAGUGACGCUGACCAAAACUCUGCCUCACUACAGAGCAGUAAUCAGAUUGUCGAAGAUUUGUGCGGUUUUAAAUUUAUUGGGCGUGAGGAGACACAAAACACUACUAUUCAGUGUGAUGAUGGCCUUACAAAAUGCAUCUUUCACGAAGAUACCAGUUACUUGAUUGUGAAGGUCGAAGGCGAGGAUUUGGACCCCAACGCUCUAAAGAGAUCUCGCCUCGAUGGAAUAAUAAGACGUAAUCAAAUGAAGCAAGGGAAGCCACCAGUUGAUUUGAGGGGACCAUUCACGUGUACGUUGCCAUCAUCCAUAAGGCCAGAUCUUCAAUGUCGCCAGAUAUUUUUUAACUGUUGCGAAUAUUCGCUACACUAUCGCGAGGAGCACACAAAGAGACGCAAAGCAGCUCUACGGUGUCAAGUGUGUGAGAAGCGGCUCGACAGAGACUUCUACGGUGCAAAUAUUUCGGCGCCGCAAAUGAACCCAACAUCUCGCUUAACAUAUUCUUGUCGUUUGUGCGGACAAAACUUUGUUAACAGCGCGGAAUAUGAUGAGCAUAAUCGCGUAGUUCACGUUAAAAUGAAACCACAUCAGUGUUCGAUAUGCGCUAAGCGGUUUACUCAACAAGGCGGCCUACAGCAGCACAUGCGUAUGCACACCGGAAUACGGCCGUUUGCAUGCACCUUUUGUCCGAAAGCGUUUACGCAGAAAGCUGGAUUAGACCAACAUCUCCGUACGCAUACCAAAGUGAAACCAUUCAAAUGCGUGAUAUGCAGCAAAUGUUUUUCCCAGUCGGUCCAUUUGCGGCAGCAUAUGCGAACGCACACCAACAUUCAACCGUUCGAAUGUAGUGUAUGUGAGAGGAGGUUUAAACAGAGCAGUCACUUAAAUUUCCACAUGCGUUCGCACGUUGGCGAGACGGGCGUUUUUAAUGUCGAAAGAUACGCGCAAUCUGUAGCCCAACCGAAUCAAAUUGAUUUUCUUAAUUUGGCAAACGUGCAACAAGUGCAAGAUGGCGAGACUUUGUACUACGCAGCAGAGCUGGCUGAGUCCUCACUGCAGUCAAACCCAUUCAUGUAUGGGCCCCGUAACGAGUGA